GGGCGGGCCCGUCCCGGGCGGGGCCUCGUGCAGCGCAAAGCGCUCGGGGCGGGGCCUGCGUUGGGGGCGGGGCCGCCUCCCGGCACAGUCGGCAGGAACCAUGGCGAGCUGCGGGGCUCCGGGUGGCUGCAAGGCCCCACGGGCCCUGCACUCGGCGCGGGCCGUGGAUGUGGCCUCCGCGUCCAACUUCCGGGACUUCGAGCUGCUGCACCUGCACCUGGACCUGCGGGUCGAGUUCGCGAGCCGCACUCUGAGCGCCAUGGCGACCCUGGAUCUGCGCUGCCUGGUGCCCGCGGGCGCGGCCGAGCUGCGGCUAGACUCGCACCCGUGCCUGGAGGUCACCGCGGUGGCGCUGCGGCGGGGCCCGCCCAGCCCGGGGCAGCCGCCCGGCCCCGACGAGCCCGUGAGCUUCCGCACCGAGCCCUUCGCGCGCUAUGGCUGCGCGCUCUGCCUGUGCUUCUCGCAGCCCCGGCCCGCGGGCGAGCGCUUCCAGGUGCUGCUCACCUACCGCGUCGGUGAGGGGCCAGCGGUCUGCUGGCUGGCCCCCGAGCAGACGGCUGGGAAGGAGAAGCCCUUCCUGUACACGCAGGGGCAGGCGGUGCUGAACCGGGCCUUCUUCCCCUGCUUCGACACGCCUGCGGUCAAGUGCACCUACUCGGCCGUGGUCCAGGUGCCCGACGGCUUCACGGCCGUGAUGAGCGCGGACGCUUGGGAGACUCGCGGGCCGAGCCAGUUCUUCUUCCGCAUGAGCCAGCCCAUCCCCUGCUACCUCGUUGCUCUGGCCGUCGGAGACCUGGCGUCCGCAGAGGUGGGGCCCAGGAGCCGGGUGUGGGCCGAGCCGUGCCUGCUGGAGGCGGCCAGGCAGGAGUACGAUGGCGUGUUCGAGGAGUUCCUGGCCACGGGAGAAAAGCUUUUCGGGCCCUACGUUUGGGGACGGUAUGACGUGCUCUUCAUGCCGCCGUCCUUCCCGUUCGGAGGCAUGGAGAACCCGUGUCUGACCUUCGUCACGCCCUGCCUGCUGGCCGGGGACCGCUCCCUGGCGGAUGUCAUCAUCCAUGAGAUCUCACACAGCUGGUUUGGGAACCUGGUCACCAAUGCCAACUGGAGCGAGUUCUGGCUCAACGAAGGCUUCACCAUGUACGCCCAGAGGAGGGUCUCCACCGUCCUGUUCGGGGCUGCCUACACCUGCUUGGAAGCGGCCACGGGGCGGGCACUGCUCCGCCAGCACAUGGACGUCAGCGGCGAGGAGAACCCCCUCAACAAGCUGCGCGUGAAGAUUGAACCAGGUGUGGACCCGGACGACACCUACAACGAGACCCCCUACGAGAAGGGCUUCUGCUUUGUCUCCUACCUGGCUCACCUGGUGGGCGACCAGUGUCGGUUUGACGAGUUUCUCAAGGCCUAUGUCCGCGAGUUCAAGUUCCAGAGCAUCUUAGCAGAGGACCUCCUGGACUUCUACCUGGAGUACUUCCCUGAGCUGAAGCAAAGGAGGGUGGACUCUAUUCCUGGGUUGGAGUUCGAUCGAUGGCUGAACACCCCGGGCUGGCCCCCAUACCUCCCGGACCUGUCCGCCGGAGACUCGCUCAUGAAGCCGGCGGACGAGCUGGCCCAGCUGUGGGUGGCCGAGGAGCUGGACAUGGAGGCCAUCAGGGCCGUGGACAUCUCCACCUGGAAGACCUACCAGCUGGUGUACUUCCUGGACAAGCUCCUGCAGAAGUCCCCUCUGCCGCCUGGGAAUGUGAAGAAGCUGGGAGACACGUACCCGAAGGUCUCAGACGCCGGCAAUGCGGAGCUGCGGCUGCGCUGGGGCCAGAUUGUCCUGAAGAACGACCACCAGGAGGACUUCGGGAAAGUGAAGGGCUUCCUGCAGAGCCAGGGGAAGCAGAAGUACACUCUCCCGCUGUACCGCGCGAUGGUGGCCGGCAGCCCGGCAGCCCGGGCCCUCGCGGAGGAGACCUUCGCGGCCACCACCGCCCAGCUGCACGGCAACGUCGUCCGCUACGUCCAGCAGAUCCUGGCGCCCGCGGGCAGCUAGAGGCCCAUCCAUCGCUCGGCCUCGGCCUCUCCACCCCUCACAGGCUCUCGGGACACUUGGCCCUGUGCCGGCGCCCGCUCUGCUCCCCAAGCUUGUGUCCCUCAGGGGUCUGACCCCCUGUGCGGUGUCUGUGACUCCUGGGAACCCUCUGGGCCCCCCAGAGCAGGGACCCCCUCAGUCCCGGCUCUGUGGGGUAGGGCCACCCUGCCCCCCACCCAGGCAUCAGUAGGGGGGUGGGGGAUCCUUCUGCUUUGCCGGCUGAGUCUUGAAGGGCGGUGCCAGUGGCUGCACUCGGUGGUUCUCUUCUCAGGUCUCCUCUCUUUUAAUAAAUCUUUGUACCUGAAAA